UACUAAUAAUCCCCUUCCCCUCCCAUAAGGACGGCGGCUUUAACUCGAGCAGGCAACCAGGACGCGGAGGCUGCGCCACCGCCGCCGCCGCCGCUGCCGCUGCCGGCCACUUCCUCCACCCUCCCCUGAGCCUGUGCGCGCCCAAGCUCCACUUCGUCUCGCCUCUGAACCCUAGCUCCCCCUGGUGGUGUCUCGAAUUCUCUCGUCGCGCCAUCGCCAUCGAACCCGGCGGUGAUUUCGUUUGCUUGGUGUUCAAGUUGUGAGGAGACAAUAUGAGGCAGUGGUUUUGUUGUAAUUGCCACUUUGACGAGGAGGAUGACCAUGGGAAGGAACGCUCCAAUGCUCAGGGCAAUAAGAUGGAUGCCAAGCAAAAGUCUUCAAAACCUCCUGCUGGUCAACCUGAACCAGAGAUAGCCCCACUUACAAUUGAUGUCCCUGAGUUGUCACUGGAGGACUUAAAACAAAAAACCGACAAUUUUGGAUCAAAUGCUCUGAUUGGUGAAGGUUCAUAUGGACGAGUAUACCAUGCCACUUUGGAUGAUGGGAGGCAAGCAGCAGUUAAAAAAUUGGAUGCAUCUGAAAAUGAGCCUAACGACGAAUUCUUGAAACAGGUCUCCCAGGCAUCAAGGCUAAAGCAUGAAAAUCUUGUGGAGAUGUUGGGUUACUGUGUAGAGGGCAAUUAUCGUAUACUGGCAUACGAAUUUGCGACCAUGGGUUCCCUUCAUGAUGUUCUCCAUGGAAGAAAAGGAGUUCAAGGUGCGCAGCCUGGUCCUGUACUUGAUUGGACGCAGAGGGUAAAAAUUGCUAUAGAGGCAGCAAAAGGCUUAGAGUACCUGCAUGAGAAGGUUCAGCCUUCAAUCAUUCAUCGGGACAUCAGAUCAAGCAAUGUACUUCUGUUUGAGGACUUCAAGGCAAAAAUUGCAGAUUUCAAUCUCUUAAAUCAAGCUCCAGAUAUGGCAGCACGCCUUCAUUCAACUCGUGUAUUAGGAACCUUUGGAUAUCAUGCACCAGAAUAUGCUAUGACUGGCCAGCUGACGCAGAAGAGUGAUGUGUACAGUUUUGGUGUAGUUCUUUUGGAACUCCUGACUGGAAGGAAACCAGUGGACCACACAAUGCCUCGGGGACAGCAAAGUCUAGUCACUUGGGCUACUCCUAGAUUAAGCGAAGACAAGGUCAAACAAUGUGUAGAUCCUAGGUUAAAGAGUGAAUAUCCUCCAAAGGGAGUUGCUAAGCUUGCUGCGGUGGCAGCUCUUUGUGUCCAAUACGAAGCAGAGUUCAGGCCCAACAUGAGCAUUGUUGUCAAGGCGCUCUCUCCUCUGCUUCAACAAAAACCAGCAGUGCCAGCUGCCUCAGAGCCGGCGCCAGCAACUGAGAAUUAAGAUGUUAGCUCAUGGUAGACCUCCCGGCACAUGCCAGUUCGUAAUCAGCGCAUUCUGUGUGUAAUUGCAAUUGGUUUAAGAAGUUUCUUUUGUGGGGUUCUCUGUUGGAUGCAGAUCACAUGGAUUUCUCUUUGCCUUUUGUUGCUACCUUAGGUUUGCGGUUUGAGAUUUGUGCUGUACAUUGGUCUGUAGGUGCAAGAAUACUGCUUCCUCUCUUUUCCACAGCUUCACUUCAGAGGUGUCAAAUACUCCAGACAUCGUUUGAACUUUCAAUAGAUGCAACAUGUUCUGAAUUUCAUAUGUGGCUGCGACAAUCUUUGAUGAUA